AUGAACACGAUCAGAUCUACCUGGAUUGGAUGGGGAACGCUUUGUGUGGCCGGUGGUGGCGCGUAUUACUUUGCGAAAAGAGCCAUCAAUGCCGACCGCACUACCCGAUUUGAAGCCGAAGGAAGACGCAAGGCCGAGCUAGCAGCCAAGGAACAAGAACAUCUUCGGCAGCAGACUGCGUCGAAACCAUCCAACGGAGCACCCAAACCCACAGACGACCCAUCACUCCGCCGUGCAAACGCCGCUUCUUGGGCGGGCAAGGAUAAUGCGGCCUCGCCGAGUGCUGAAGCUAGCAAUGACCCGGCUCCGACCCGGCAUGAACCCGAGACGGACGAGGAGAGACUGUUGGAAAAGUCAAAGUACGAAGCCACCCAGACGUUCCGACCUCCACGCGGAAAUCGGUUUAGCUAG